CAGUUGAGUCAGCCUUUGACAGAGGAGACAGGCUUUUCAAAAGGGGAACUGGAACAGAUCUGACCCAGAAAUAGCCAAGUUGGGACACAAGUAGAGAAAUCACAGUAAGAGGAGAGCAUUCCUUUGUCGUGGCAGCCUGCUUCACGUAUAUGGACCCUCAAGAUAUAAGCCGAGCAGAUCUUGCACUCCCAAACCCUCAAGAACAAGCUGGUGCACUUGAAAUUGAACUCUUGCAGGAGGUUCCUCAACAGAAUUCACCACAGGAGAAGUCAGCCUCAGUCCCCCCGCCACUGACGUGGGCCUUGCUUUUCAAGAGAGAGCUGGAAUUCCUGGGGGUCACACAAAUUUUGAUUGGCUUGCUCUGCCUUUAUUUUGGAAUAGUUGUCUACUCUGUACUUGACAUUUCAAACUUUGAUGAAGAAGUAUUUUCAUCAUUCAAGGCAGGCUACCCCUUUUGGGGUUCAGUAUUUUUUGUUAUCUCUGGAGUUUUGUCAGUUCUAUCUGAAAGGGAAAAGGCCAUGCACCUGGUGAGGGGAAGGCUAGGGGCGAACGUCCUCAGCAGCAUAGUUGGGGCCUCCGGGAUGGUCAUCCUGGUCUUCAACCUCUACAACAGCUCAGCUUACAUCUACCAAUGUGAGAGACUUGAUGAGAAUGACGACUGCCUUGUGGCUUCAUUCACUAUUGAAAUCGUGGCCAUGAUACUGUUUCUCACCAUCCUGGGGUUUUGCACGGCUGUGUCGCUCACCGUCUAUGGGAUCAGAGAAGAAUGCAAAGGGAAGAAGCUUCCAGAUGACCGUCUUUAUGAAGAAUUAAACAUUUAUUCACCAAUUUACAGUGAGUUGGUACACAAAGACGAAACGUCUCCCGUGGAUUCAUAAGAAUCAUGUGCCCAGGACAUUCUGAAUCACCGUAAAGUGUCCAAAAGUCAAAAUCUGCUCAUGUGGCUACUGGGGAAAUUUCUGUUCUCUAUCAAAUCUAUCAAUUUUGCAUUAGAUUUCUCCUCUGGAUGUCAAUAUGCUAUUUGCUUCUUUUUUAAAAAAAUUAUUUUCACUAGUCAUGUUUUUAGUAUGCAAUGAUUGCAUUCCUGCAUGACAGGGAAAACAAGGAGGUAAGGGCUGAGCUAAAGUCUGACCAUGCGAUAAUUCCUGCUUCUUAGUUCUUUUCAGAGUUCCCAUGGCUAUAGGAGUUUUGAUACCCACACCCUGUGCAUGCCCAGAUCCUCCACACAUACAUAACUUACAGGAUGCAUGAUGUUCUAUAUGCAAGAACUUAUCUCUCCCAAUCACAGUAUGUUUUUGUGAGGCACAGAGUUUAAUAAAAAUCUUUAGAUUACUCAAGCUAAAGGAUUUUCAUUGGUGCAGUAUUGUUCAAUAGUAUUUACAGAUUGGUGAAUAGGUGAUGGGAGUUUUAUUAAGUUACUCUGUGUCUGAUGAAAUGGAAAGAUGAAAACAGAGAAGCUUUAAAUGCAGAAUUAAUUUAAUGAGACAUUAUUUAGAUAUAAAAGAUAAAUUAAUGACACCCUGGAGGUAGUAAAUAAAGUGGGAGUGGACAGAAACGAUCAUAUCUAAAAUGUGCAUAGAAAGAGUGGUAGGUCUUAUUAACCGGUUAAAAUUACAAGAUAGACAACUAAUUUUUUUGCAAAUACAAGGUGUUUGAGUCUAAGGUCAAAGGAGAACCCUUAGUGUUGAAAAAAUGGUAGGCAUUCAGAAACAUGAGUGAUGGAGAAAGAGUACAGCUAGACCUAAGCUCAGCUUUAGAUUUUCAUUUUGAGGAGAAAGGGGAAAUGAAAUUGAAGAGGACAUGAUGGCACCCUGCACAGAUUUCUGUUAAUGAUUCCGUUUGAUGACGGAGGCUGAGUUGUGAUAAGGGACAUCGUUAUUAAAUGGGAUCUGGCAAUGGGAGGAAGCGGAAAGAAGGAUAGUGUAAGAUAAAGUAAAAAAGACCAAAAUAUGAUGUAUCUCUGGACCAGCUCCCCAUGAUGACUAUCUUUAAUAUAUCUAAUAAACAUGUACUGGUAAAAAUUUUAAAAAUUAGGGAAACAAGCUAACACUCUAAGCCAUUCUUUUGAGAUAAAGUAAAGCCAGGUUAAACUUCACAUGCCUCGACCCAGAGGGGAAAAACAAGGAUAAUAUCCAGAAGAUACAAGAAUUAGUCAGAAAAGCACAUUGUAAAACAAUGGAAAGUAGGAAGCCCAAUGUGGAAAAAAAGUUAAAAAGAAAACAGUGCUCGGAGGAGGUGAAAGUGGGUAUGAGCGGGAUGGAGGUCCACAGCGGUAAAUCCACUCUGGGGACACAAGAGAAACAGCAAGAAGGAUGAAUGCAGAGGAUGCCAAGGUCUCCAUGGGCUCUUGUCACAGACUGAUGAACAAAACAUUUGCAAAGAGCAUUUGAGGGGAAUUCACAGGGUGAUUGUGUGCUGUAAGAUAGAGGAUUUUACCUAGAAAGUCAUACAUGAAUUGAUUUUGUGGCUGUUGCUUUCCUAAUUGAAAUAAGAAGAAAGUAGUUUGCCUUUAGCUAAAAUAGAAAAGUACCAUGGAAGCUGAAAAGUUUGGGGACCUCAGUUACCUCACUGUCAUUUAUCACACACCCAUCUCUCGGAUUCACACAACCCCGCUGGCAUGCUUUUCACAUGUUUUUCUUUUUUUUUUUGUUACUGGAAAUUGAAGCUAGGGCCUUGAUGUUAAGCUACAUCCUCAGCCCUUUGUAUUUUUCAUUUCAAGGAGGGGGUCCCACUAACUUGCCCAGGCUUGGCUUGAACUUGAAAUUCUCUUGCCUCAGCCUCUUGAAAUGCUGAAAGCUUCUCAGACUUUUAUGGCCCCAUUAGGCCAUCUAUAUAUUAACCUUAUUUUCUUACUGUAUAGCCUCUCUAGCCCAUAAUGAAAUAUGGUUAAUUAUCACGGUACUUGCAAUCUCCUUGUGUACCCUCAAUUGCUAGUAUUUGGACAAUAAACUGAAUGUAUGAAACUUGA